AUGUUGCGCAAGAAGAAGAAUUCCGUCAACAUGAAAUCCCUGAUCGCGCAUGCCCGAAUGUGGGCCAGAGAAGCCGAGAUGGAAAAUCUAGAAGCUCGCCGGAAAGAGGACGAGGAGUGGCUGGCGUUGGAGGGACCCAAGUCACGCGCCGCCGUGAAAAGGGAGGAGAAAGCAGAGAGACGAGCGGAGGCGGCGGCCCGGAAAGCAGAGUCCCGAAUGUUAGCGAAGAUGGAAGAAGAGAAGCUAAGUAAGAAGCCGUUUUCUCCGCCGCCGAAGGUGACGGCGGCGGAACGGCGUUUUCAGCGGGAGGAAUUGGAGAAGGCAAGGAUGAAGAGGAAGAUUCUGGUGAGCUGCCAGAUAACGACGGAGGAAGAGUAUGAACAGAUGGUUGGGGUGAUGAAUACGAACCGGACCCGGUUUGAUGGUGACGGUUCGGUUAUGGAGUUGGAAGCGGAUACGAUUGACAGGGCGAUUGCAGCCUUUAUGUAUAACGAUCUUCCGGCGGCGGUGAUGGUGGAGAUUCGUCGUUAUGGGAAUCAAAAGGCGAAGAAGAUCCACAAUAAAAAACUAAAUGCCAAACACAGCCGCCACAGUUAUUUUGAUUUUGCGGUUUAUUAG